UGCAGGGGGGGUAUAACAGAAUCUUUUGUUGUGGUGGCAUAGAAAUUGGAACUUUCAUUUGGAAAAAACGGAACCAACCUCAUUGUAAUUUUUGGUAGUUUGUUAGUUCUGAUUAAGAACUCAUCUGAGCUUUGCUGAGCGUCGUAGAAGUUCCAGUUCUAGGUUGUUUGCUUGACUUAAAGCAACCAACCUGAUUUGAAAACUGGAAGACAAAAUGAAAAGAAAAAUAUAUUCAAGCAAAUCAGCCAAACCUGAAGGGUGUUUGUUCAGGCAAUGAGUGAGAUGAGCAUAACAUAUCUGAAUGACAUACGCCCAAAUCAAUAUGUGGGCAGAAUUAGAAUUCGUGUUGCAAGAGCAUGGAGGCCAAAAAAGUUUAAAAGCGAAUUCUUUGAUGGAUUACACUAUCUUCUGAUCGAUGAAAGAGCUGACACCAUGCAUGCUAUUGUUGCUGAGAAUGACUAUGAGUACACAACCAAACUGGAAGAAGGCUGCAUGUAUGACAUUUAUCAUGUCUUCACCAAGAAACAUGUCUUUGGAUACAAAGUGGUGGAUCGUGAUCUACAAUUGACUUUCAAUCAACCCACGAAGUCUAUCCCACUAAAACAAGACACAUGCUCAAUUCCAAGAUAUGCAUUCCAAUUCUUACAGUUUGAGCAGGUUGAAGAUCGCUUCAAAGAACACGCAGAAAAAGACAAACAAAAGAAAGAACAAAUCGUGCUCAUAGAUAUUUAUGGCUGCAUUAAAGAUGUUCAAUCAGAACGCAAGCGAUAUAUACCAUCAACAGAUGAACAUGAAUCCAUUUGUGUGGUUACUCUUGAAAAUCUUAGGAGACAACGCGUAAUAGUCACACUUUGGGGACACCAUGCAAGAAGUUUUGACUUGAAAGUUCUUGAGGACCCAACAACAUCAGUGUUUGUCGCAUUCACAAGUUUGAAUCUAAAAAAAUUCCGAGAUUACAUAACACCAACAAGCACAAAUCACACAUGCAUCAUCUAUAACCCACAGUUGCCAGAUUCUGCAGAAUAUGAGACAGAGUUUAACAAACCAGGAGACAAACCAAUAAUCAGUGCACCAUACAAGCAGAGGAAAAAAGAUGAAACAUGGAAGACAAUUUUUGAUCUAUAUACACUGGACCCAGAAGCCUAUAAGGAUCAAAUAGUUGUGUGUUGUGCAACGAUCAUCAGAUUCUCAACUCACAGCGGGUGGUGGUACAAUAGUUGCUCAGAACCAAAUUGUAACAAGCAGCUGAAGCAACAUGGAGAUGAUGGCACCUACGAAUGUCAGAAACAUAACGUUGUAAAAAGAGCUUUCCCAUGUUAUAGAGUUUAUCUAACUAUAGAAGAUGACAAGGAGGAUCAAAUCACCCUAACACUAAUGGGACAACAGGCAGAACAACUCUUUGGCUACACAUGUUCAGAAUUGCUAGAAAAAAGAAACUAUGCGGGUAAUCAUGAUCUGCCGGAAGAAAUAGCCGCCAAAAGAGGCAACAAGUACCUGUUUGAUCUUCAAGUUAAGCUCGACCGUGAAAUCACUGUAAAGGGCAUACAACCAAACCCAGACAAUGAUGAACCAAUAUCAGCCACACCUCAAAAAACGUAUGAGAAAAAAAGGGCAGCUAAUCUCAUAGGCAAAUCAAUUGAUACACCAGAGAAAGACAAGAAGACCAAAAGGCAAGGCAAAGAGGCAACCCCAUCUCUUACAGAGAAGAAACAAACUGAAAAAGAUAAGAGAGAAUGAACUAGGUUGAAAGCAUUUUCUAUAUAUAUCUAUAGCUUUUAUGUUGGUACAGCAGUAGCUGCGCUUUUGUAUCACAGCAGCAAACAAAAGCAAUGGAUAAAUUGGCGCAAAAAAGGUUGGGGCAAUAUCCUUUUUGAACAAACCCCAAACCAAACUCCACAUCCAUUCAAGUUCACCACUGAUGCAGUAAGAGGAAAACCUAG